GGUGCAGGAGACGCAUGGUGCUUGCAGAGCAAAGACUUACACGAACGACGCGUGUUCAAUCGCGCUACACACCCGGCGGCGGAACCGGGGCGACCAGGACACGAGAACAGGAGAGCGUGGAGCCGCGAGACGCUGAAAAGUGGAGCGCAGAUCUAGAUGCGGGUAUAAUAUCCCAAGAAGACGGGCGGCGUGCGGGGAAGACGCGGCGAGGGGGGGAGGGACAGAACGGCGAGAGUGAGGCCCGGAAUGAGGAGGAUGCAGAGGAAGAGAAGAGAGGCAGAGGAGGAGGAGGAGGAGAAGGCAGAAAGGAGAAGCGGUCGCCGCAAAAGAACGACGGCAGAACCGGGCCCCAUGAGGAUCAUUGCGGCAAGUGGUGGGAGGGCCGCCGAGGCACGGCGGGCGGUGAUUGGCCGAGAGGAGGAGAACAAGACGGACAAGACGUCGGGCGGACGCUCGGUAGGGAUGCUGCCGCUAUCCCCCUUCGGGCGCCCCUCGCCUGCCUCUCGUCGUCCCGGACCCUCUCCCACCACACGCUUUGCCUCCGCCGCGGCCUCUGUUGCUGGCUGCCCGGCCCGCGCGCCACCAUGGACGUGUUUGCACUUGUUCGACUCGCCGGAAUCUGGAGAUUUGCCUCAACAUGGCUUUGUGUCUGGAUGGCGCUUUUCCGAUCGCUUCGCUCGCGGUAUACGGCCGGAGCCUGAUCCGGCUGCGGGGAUCAUCACGCUGAGGUCGCGGUUGGAUGCCAUAACCAUGACACACGACCCCCGCACCGAAUAUCAAUUCCCGUCAAAGUCAUAUUCCGAUGAUGGGUGAUUAUCGCAGUCGAUUGGAGAGCUUCUUUUUGCAUUUCACCACUUUAUCGGUAUUCUGAUAUAGUCCUGUUCGCAUGGACAUUACCGCAGACUCGGACAUACCUCGACUUGAUGCUGCUUAAACGCGACACCCGCGUUUCAAGUUUCGCCUUUGUCCUAUGUGUACAGAGUGGGCAUUUCUAUUAAUCGAGUGGAAUUGAAGCUCUCGACGCGUUUCUGUCGUGCUCCGUGCUGACUGCUCAUUGUAGUAUAUACUGUGGGUGUUGGUGAUCUACA